AGCCAGCCGCGCGGCCGCGACACGACGUCGCUGUCCCCAGGCCCAGCCCGACGGCAGCACCGCUCCGGCUUCCUGCUGCCCGACUUCGACUUCGAUUCGCCGCAUCACCAGCCGCUCGGCAUCACCGCCCCGGUGCCCGUCCAGCACGAGGACGACCGGCUGGCCGAGCUCAAGAGGUGGAUCAAGGAUGGUGGCGGCGAUGGUCCUGGCGUGCGACGCCCACCGGUCCGCCAUGCACCCCCCGGGCGGGUACUGGAAGCACGGGCACGACGCCGGCACCCCGGUGACGGCCAACUACGAAGACUUCAGAAUGCUUACCUCCAUGGCGUUCUUUACGUCGCUGGCGCUCGUGGUGCUGCUCUCCUGCGACCGCUUCUACCGGACGUGGGAGGACGUGAUAGGGCUGCUGCUCCUGGCUCUCUUGGACGUCGGCUGCCUCGUCUCCGCCUACGUCGUCGCCGCCAGCCCGAUCGACCCAACCCACAGCCCCGUCUUCCUCCUCGGCACCGUCGUGGUCUUGGCCUUCCUCUUCUUCGGCGCCCCCAGGGCUUGGAGACUUGUCAAUCGCUGCUGGUGAGUAUAUGUGUAGAUAAAAAGCGUCUGCAUGCUUGAAGAUGGUUAAGGGUACCACCCCUGUCUAUCUGUUGGUGGUUGUUAUUAUUGUACCGUACGUAGAGUGCAUGGGUUCAGCUUGUAAAUGCCCGCUGUAGGACAAUGGCAUCCAUGACUAGCGUGCAACAAUUAAUAAGAUUGGCACUUUCGCGGAAGUAAUCAAGAUCAUAAGCGGUAAGAGUAGAUUACUGGCUCAUGGUAAGUUUCU